AUGGAGGAGAGAAACAGCACCUCAGACUUCAUUCUCUUAGGACUAUUUAAGUACACACAACUCCACCGCUCUCUCUUCACCAUGCUGCUGACAAUAGCCAUUGCUUCUCUCAUUAGCAAUGCCAUCAUGCUUCUUCUGAUUCACCAGGACCACCAACUCCACACGCCCAUGUACUUCCUCCUCAGCCAGCUCUCCUUCAUGGACCUUAUGCUCUUUUCCACCAUUGUGCCCAAAAUGGCCACUGUCUACCUGACUGGCAGGAAGUCCAUCUCUCCUGCUGGAUGUGGACUGCAGAUUUUUGUGUCACUCACUCUGGGUGGUGGAGAGUGCUUCCUCCUGGCAGCCAUGUCCUAUGACCGUUAUGUGGCUGUGUGCCACCCACUGCGAUACUCUGUUCUCAUGAGCUGGCCAUUAUGUUUGCAAAUGACAAUGGGAUCUUGGAUCCUAGGAGCAGCUGACGGCCUCAUACAGGCUGCAGUUACCCUGAGCUUUCCAUUUUGCAGUACACACAAAAUCAACCAUUUCUUUUGUGAGGCCCCUAUGCUGGUGCGUUUAGCUUGUGGUGACACUUCAUUCUUUGAGAAUCUCAUGUACAUCUGCUGUGUGCUGAUGCUUCUGAUUCCCCUUUCCCUCAUCCUGACUUCCUACGGUCUCAUCCUCACUGCUGUGCUCCGCAUGCCUUCCACAGAUGCCCGCAAGAAGGCCUUUGCCACCUGCUCUUCACACCUGGCCGUGGUGGGCCUAUUUUAUGGAGCUGCCAUUUUCAUCUACAUGAGACCUACAUCUUACAGGUCAACUAAUUACGACAAAGUUGUGUCAGUGUUCUACACUAUCCUGACUCCCAUGUUGAACCCCAUCAUCUACAGCCUGAGGAACAGUGAGGUCAAAGGUGCUGUGAAAAGGUGGCUGAGAAAAUGUUUAUAUCUAAAGUAUGGGCAAAAUUAG